GGUGCUGGAGAGUGACUGAGAGACAGACAGGGACCGAGAGUGUAUCCGCGAGACGGGGACAGGGUUGCCAGGGGACACGGACAGACACACGGAGGCUGCUUGACGACGAGACACUCGGGACUAGCUGCUGACAUGGACGCGUCAGCCUGACCGGAUUCAGAGCCGCUCUCCAACAGGUCCACCGCAGCCGUGAGCAUGUCGACGACAGAAGGAGCUGGCCAGCGCGAGGAAGGGGAGUACGGAAGGGCGGCAAAGCGGCUGAAAACGGAUGAGAGAGACACGGAGGCGGAGGAGAGAGAGGAGGGAGAAGAGGAGCUGGAGGAGGGGGAAGAUUCGGACUCCGGCUCGCUGCCCGGUAACGUGGAGUCAGCGGUGGAUAACCGGGCGCGGUGGAGCGGCAGCCAAUACGGAGCGGGACGGAAGGAUAAUGGCGAGGACUCCCAUCGCAUCUCUCCCAGCCCUGUGGUCCAUGUCAGGGGUCUGUGUGAGGCUGUGGUGGAAGCAGACCUGAUAGAUGCCUUGGAGAAGUUUGGACCCAUAUGUUACGUGAUGAUGAUGCCGUUCAAGCGUCAGGCCCUGGUGGAGUUCUCUGCAGUAGAGAGCGCCGACCGCUGUGUGUCCUGUGGAGCCAAGGAGCCUGUCUACAUUGCAGGCCAACAGGCGUACUUUAAUUACUCGACAUCCAAGAGGAUCACCAGGCCGACCAACGCUGACAACCCCAACAGUGGCAACAAGGUCCUCCUGCUGUCCAUACAGAACCCCCUCUACCCUAUAACCACGGAUGUUCUGUACACAGUGUGUAAUCCCAUCGGCAGCGUGCUGAGGAUCGUCAUCUUUAAACGAAAUGGAAUCCAGGCCAUGGUGGAGUUUGAAUCUGUUCAGUGUGCUCAGAAGGCCAAAGCUGCUCUGAACGGAGCUGACAUCUACGCUGGCUGCUGUACGCUCAAGAUUGAAUAUGCGAGGAGCAGAGCAGGUAGCCGUGUCUGGGACGCUGCUGAGGCGCUCCGAGGUGCGCCCACUGAAAUCACCAGCAUUGUCUAG